AUGGCGACGAGGACAGGAGGUGGCCCGCCCCCGUCCAAAAAACGGCGCCGCGAGGCCCUCCUGGUCAGCGUCGACCGCAAGCAGAUCGAGAUCUACGAGGACCUGGCCUCGGAGACCGACGCCGUCCGCCUGCAGGCCGCCGCCGCCCUGGUCGCGCAGUUCACGCCGGACCAGGCCCCGACGGCCGAGCACAUCGACCGCGCUCUGGCGCGGCUGUUCCGCGGUCUGUGCAGCAGUCGCAAGGCGGCGCGGAUCGGGUUCUCGAUUGCGUUGACGGAGGUGCUGGUGCAGGUUUUUGGUGCGCCUGUCUCUGCUUCUGGAGAGGGGAAGGAUGUUGGGGCUGUGUUGGGGGUUUGGGAGCGGUUGACGGAUUCGUCGGGGGGGGAGUCGGGGCAGGAACAACGCGAUCACUACUUCGGGCGGCUCUUUGGCGCCGAGGCGAUCAUCAAAUCCGGGAUUCUGUUUCAAGCCGCUCCUGGGGCAGAGUGGACCCGUCUGCUGGACCGCGUAUUCGAGCUGGCGAAGAAGAAGCCGUGGCUGCGCGAGGAGUGUGGUUGGAUUGUGUUUCGGUGUGUUCUGGAUCUUGCUUCCUCCCCAAAGGAGGAGCAGGUGAAGGUGAAGUUGGUGGAGGUCGCGCUCGAGCGGCUGUGCGCGCACGACCUGGCCAAAACCCCCGAGGGCGUCGCGGUCUGGCUCGCGGCCAAGGAGGGCUUUCCGUCGGCCAAGUUCCCGGCCAAGGUGUGGAAGCAUGAGGAUCCGUUGGAUGCCAAGGAGCGCGUAUCCCUGGGGAAGGUGAUGAAGGAUUCGUCGUCGAAUUCGAGCGCCAGUGCCGGUCAGCAGGAGGAGGAGGAGGGCAAGAAGGGCGGCGCGGCGGCCAACUCCGGCGUCUGGAAUUCCAAGUUGCAUUUCGCGUGGGAUGUGGUUCUGGGCCGGUUGGCGCAGGUACCCAAGGCGAAGGCUAAGGGAGAAUCGUCUAGGCUUGGGUUUGCGGAGUUCUGGACCGAGGUUGUGGAUAAUGGAUUGUUUGCCGCGGCCUCCUCCGAAGAACGCAAGUACUGGGGAUUCUCGCUAUUUAUCAAGGUCAUCACCGACAGCCCGCGGGCCGUCGCGGGCCAGGCGUUCACCAAGAAUCUGGUGCGCUGCCUCAUGAACCAGCUGGCCGUCGAGGACCGCUACCUGCACCGUAUGGCCGUCAAGGCCGCCAAGUCCCUGCAGACGCGCGUGGCCAAAGAGCCCGCCUUCGCCGCCGCCGCCGUCCGCGGCCUGAUGGGCCCCGCCACCGGCGGCUCGGUCACCUUCGACCAGGCCACCAAGACGAAGACCGUGGAGAAGAUCGUCGUCGAGGCCGACGUCGAGGCCCUGACGGAGAUCGUCCCGCUGUUCGAGUCGCUGAUCGCCGCCCCCUGCGGGCCCCACGACAGCAAGACCGCGGCGGCCAGCCGCCAGUUCUUGGCCGGCUUGCUCCUGGCCAUCGUGCGCGCGCGCGCGUCCACGGACCCCAAGGGCGAGGACGAUGACGAUGCCCACAGCAUCCUCGAGCAGAUCCUCUCCAUCUUCGUCCGCUUCGCCUACUUCAAGGACCCGGCCGUCAGCCCCGCGUUCGCCGAGCAGACCCAGGAGCUCUUCCGCAGCCGCAUCAACUCCUGCAUCAACAGUUUGAUCGCCACCACCCGCUACGCCGCCAUCCCCUACGCGGUGGUCCGCCAGAUCCGGGAUCUGGCCAAGUCCGAGGAGCGCGGCAAGUUCAUCGUCAGCAUGGACGAGACGAUCGCUGGUGCGGUCAAGAAUGCGUUCAAGUCGUUGAAGAAGCUGGCGAGUAUGAAGAAGGACAACGCGGCGAGCGUUGACGCGUUCCGGUUGCUGUACUCGUUGACGAUCCUGCAGGUGUACAACGGCGACGCGGACGCGGCGUCGAUGCUGGAGGAGUUGGAUUUCUGCUACACGCAGAUCUUCGGCGAGGAGAAGACGAAGUCUAAGAAGUCCAAGAAGUCCAAGAAAGAGGAUGAGGCGGGGGAAGACGACGACGAAAAGACCUCCGAUGCCUCGGACGCCCUGGUCGAGAUCCUGCUCAGUUUCGCGUCCAAGCAGUCGCAGCUCUUCCGGCGCAUGAGCGAGCAGGUCUUCGGGGCCUUCGCCGAGACCAUCACCGAGAACGGCCUGGAGUCGCUGACCUCCAUCCUGGAGGCCAAGGAGAGUCUGGCGGGCCAGCAGGAGAUGUUUGACCAGCAGGAUGAGGACGGGGACGCGGAUAUGAUGGAUGUUGACGGGGAUGGGGAUGACGACGAGCUCGACAGCGACGUCGAGGUCGUGGAAGCCGGUGCCGGUGGCUCGGAGUCCUCCUCCUCCGACGAGGAACUUUCAGGUGAUGAAGACGAAGGCAACGACGACGAGGAAGCGAUCUUCGAAGCCAAACUGGCCGCGGCGCUGGGCACGCACCGCCUGGGCGCCGACAUGCCCGAAGCGGAUGAGGACUCAGACGCGGACAUGAACGACGACGAGAUGGAGGAGCUGGACGAGCAGCUCGUGAAAGUCUUCCGGGCGCGCCGCGACGCCCUCGGCCAGAAGAAGGACAAGAAGGACGCCCGCGCCACGAUGGUGCACUUCAAGAACCGCGUGCUGGACCUGCUGGAGAUCUACGUGAAGAAGUGCCACGCCAAGCUGCUGGCCCUGGAUCUGCUGCUGCCGCUGCUGCGCCUGACCCGCAAGUCGGCCAACAAGCAGAUCUCGACGCGCGCCGCGGCCGUCCUGCGCGAGUACACCAAGCAGUGCAAGGGCGCGACGGCGCUGCCCGUUAUUGGAGUGGAGGAUGUGGACAAUGUGUGGGAGCUGCUGAAGUCCGUGCAUACCGAGGCCACGCACAGCGGGCCCCCCGCGCAUGCGACGGCGUGCAGUCAGGCCAGUCUGCUGGUGGUCAAGGUGUUGGUGGCGCAGGAGCGUGGCAAUGUGGCCGGCGUCGUGGAUGUGUAUGGCGAGACGCGCAAGAAGCAGUUGCUCAGUCGCAAGUGUCAUGUGCAGCCGUCGUUCUUCACGGAUUGGAAUAAUUGGUGUGUUUCGUUUGGGAAGAUGAAGAAUUAG